AUGGGCCGCCCGCCUGCAUACAUAUUCAUCGUCAGGCAUGGAAACCGACUCGAUGCUGCCGACAAAUUAUGGCAUCUCUCCUCGCCCACCCCAUUCGACCCGCCCUUGACGUAUGGAGGUUGGGCACAGUCGAGAACGAUCGGCCAGCGCAUCGGAAAUAUUCUGCGAGAGAACGACCCUGCUGAACCUCGCUCUGUACCAAACAGCCCCGCCGUGGCCUCAGCCCCAAACAGCCCUGCCAUUUCCGGCGACGCCCCUCCUCCAGCCAAGAAACGCCGUUACAACGUCGUCAUACACAGCUCGCCAUUUCUGCGAUGCAUUCAGACGUCCAUUGCCAUUGCAGCAGGCCUCGCCACUGAUCCACGGCCUCUGGAGUCCUCCCCAAGCAGCCCAGAGCCUCUAUCACCCCUACCACAGCAGCUUGCGGUCCAAAAUACUACCGCAGUGUCGUCCGAUAUCACCCACCCGAAAGAGACGACCCCCAAAAUAAAGAAGACCCUCAUGCGCCUUGAUGCCUUCCUGGGCGAGUGGCUGUCGCCUGGAUACUUUGAGCUCAUUACCCCACCGCCCAGCUCGCACUUGAUGGUGGCCAGAGCAAAGGCCGACCUUCUACGCCGAGAAGACUACUCAAGCUUCAAAUACACUCCUGGACACACGUACUCCCAUUCCACCAGCCAGCUAUGGGGUGGAGGUGCGCCUCUCAGCCUUUGGGCAUCUCGCCUGGAUGAGAACGAAGACGCGUCGACGUUCAGCCCACGGCCAGUAUCCCCGACAAUUCAAAACCUCGCAGCUGACAGCUUGUCCUUGCCUAAGAAUGGAGGCCCUCCGAGUCCGCGCUGGUCGGGCGGCCGUGGGGGGGCUGGAAAUGGCACGCGUCCUAAUCCCGGUGGCUACGUGGCACCAGUCCCCCAGUUUGCCCUGUCUUCCAAAACACAGGCACCAGUUGACUACGUUGCACACGCCCGAGAUGCCUGCGUGGAGUUAGACUACCAGUGGGACUCGAUGCGAGCGCCGCUCGACUGGGGCGACGGCGGCGAGUUUGGAGAGGAAUGGCCUGCGAUGCACCGCCGGUUCCGCAAGGGCCUGCAGCAUCUGGUGGAUUGGUACACGACCAGCGACGAUCCUACGGAGCCCGUGACGAAGCUGGUCCAUUUCAAAGCACCCUCUUCGCCGACUGGCGGACAAUCGAUGGAUUGCGCAAUUGAGGACGACAGCAUGACGGUCGACAGUGAUGACGAUGACUACAUCGAGGAGUCCGUCGUCAUCCUCGUGUCCCAUGGAGCCGGGUGCAACGCGCUGAUUGGGGCUAUCACUCAGCACCCGGUUCUGAUGGAUGUGGGCCUGUCGUCGCUGACAGCAGCUGCGCGAAAACCGGGCAUGGACACAGCACCGACACAAGUAAGCCGCUCAGCUGGCAAGGCCGGCAGCAGAGGCGGAUCGGCCAUGGGCACAGACCUCCUGCACAAUGCCAACGGCGUCGUUCCCCUCAACCAGUACUACGAUAUGAAGCUUUUUGCUAGCACUGAGCACCUGCGGUCGUCAAACUCAUCGCCAUCUGUGUCUCGAUCGGGCAGCAUCGCCGGCGUCUUGGGUGGCACGCGUGCCCGCCACUCAAACUCGCUCUCAUCUGCCCUUUCUGGCGUCGGCUUUGGGGAGAACAGCUUCGCCGCCCAUAGGAGCAUUUCGGCAGGCUCGUCUUACGGGACCGGACGGCGGCCGUCGGGCACCGCGACUCGCCCGACGUGGAUGUCCACCAUCACCACCACACCUCGCAGCAGCGGCAGCUGUGGUGGAAUCACUGUCGGCAGCGGAGCUACGAGCUUUUCGUCACCAGUCACCUCCAGUCCCUUAAGUCGCGCUACUAGGCCGUCAAUUGGUCUGUGGUCACCCGCAAGCGUGAAAAGCUAUGACAACGAUGGGGCCAUGGACGAGGAUAUGGAGAUCCUACUCAGCUUUGGCCCGGAAAGUGUUUCGGAGCAGCAGGGGGGAGUCAAGGAGGAGAAAAAGGAGCAACAAAAGCUGUCAGUGCCUGCCACAGUUGCAAAUGGCCAGACUGAGAAAUGUGCCGCCUCCUUGUCCACGGCUGUCACGACACAGAACGGAGGGAACAUUAAGAACGGUGCGUCGAAUGGCAAACAGCUGGAGGCCUCAGCCUCAUCCAUGGCAGACUUUUCUUCACUAGGCCCAGCUGCCAUUGGGGGGCUAUGGUCAACGCAGCCAAAAUCGGCUGUAGAUCUAGAACCAGUGCACGGCAUGGCGUCGACGAAACGGCGAUGGGCGGGAUCUCAGCUUUCUCUUUUGUGA